AUGUCUCUCAGCAUGUUCUCGCAGCGAGCGGUCCAGCUGAGCACUCGGCGACUCGCCGCGACCUCAGCCUUCAGUCGAACAAUCACACCACUCGCAAUCGCGACGGGACAACAUAUACAGUACCGACCCGCCGCGACAGCCACAGUCCCAACCGCAACAGCCGACACCAUCCUCGCCGCCCAACGCCGCAACCGCCCCGUCUCCCCACAUCUCACAAUCUACAAGCCACAAAUAACCUGGAUCGGCUCCUCCCUAAACCGGAUCACGGGGGUCUAUUUGAGCGGUAUUUUCUACAUUUUCGGCAUUGCCUACCUCGCCGCUCCAACCAUCGGCUGGCACCUCGAGAGCGCCAGUUUGGCCGCUGCAUUCGCGAGCUGGCCGAUCAUUGCGAAGGUGUUCACGAAGGUGAUGCUGGCGUUCCCGUUCACGUAUCAUAGCUUGAAUGGGGUGCGGCAUUUGGUAUGGGAUACGGGUGCGGCGUUUACGAAUAAGCAGGUCAUUGUGACCGGGUGGACUGUGAUGGGGCUGGCGGGGUUGAGCGCAUUGGCAUUAGCUUUUCUAUAA